CUCAGCAUGGGCACUUCCGGCGCGGCAGCCAAUCAGCGCUCGGAGCCGCACGUGAUCGCCGCCCUGUGACGCGCCAAGAUGGCGCUGUCCAGGGCCGCGGCCCGGGGCGGGCUCUGGCGCCUCGGCGCCGCCGCCCUGAGCCCCCCUCGGGGCCAGAUGCAGCCGCAGCUCGCUCUGGGCGUGUCCAGCUCCCCGGUGUGUUCCCAGCUCUGCCGCUCCCAGCUCCGUUCUCUCUCGUCCCGCGCCGCCUCCCGCGCCCUCGUGGCCGCCGCGGCCGCCGCAGCGCGGCGGGUGAGCGCCAGGUACGAGCGGUUCCUGGAGAGGAGCUUCCCCCGCUUCUACCUCCUGCACAGCACCUUCAAAAGUGGAGUGCAGGCGCUGUUCCUGGAGGUGCAGGAGAUCAGGAGGAUCAGGGCCAGGAUGUCCCAGCUGCAGCUGAGCCCUCAGCAGCUCCCGUACCGCGACAUGGAGCGCCUGCGCCAGUUCCGCAGGGACGUGCUCAAGAUCAUUCCCAUCGGGAUCAUCGCCAUCCCCCCCUUCGCCAACUUCCUGGUCCUGGUCCUGAUGUAUUUCUUCCCCCGGCAGCUGCUGAUCAGGCACUUCUGGACGCCCAGGCAGCAGGUGGAGUUCCUGGGUGCCUACGACUGCCGCCGCAGGGCCUCGUACCCGGCCGUGCUGCGGGGGCUGGCGCGGGCGGCGCGCUCCCUGCCCGAGCCCCAGCCCCGGCAGCUCCUGCUGCAGCUCUGUGCCCAGGUGCAGGGAGGUGCCCGGCCCCACCUGGCCCAGCUCCUGGCUGUGAGGAGUUCGUUCUCGGGGUCUCUGCUGGUGCUCAACAGGCUCCACGUGGAUCAUGUGAGAGCCCUGAGCCAGGUGCUGUUCCUGACCCCGCACCUCCCGGCCUUCUUCCUGCGGCACCGCCUGCGCAGCCACGUCCUGGAGAUCCGGCACCUGGACCGGGCCCUGCUGCACCUGGGCCUGGGGCAGCUCUCUGAGGAGGAGCUCCGAGCGGCCUGUUACCUGCGUGGGCUGAACUCCACUCAGCUGGGCCAGGCCGAGUGCCGGGCGUGGCUGGAGCAGUGGCUCAGGCUCUCCUGUGAGCUCCAAGCUUCCGAGGCCUCUCUGCUGGCACACAGCAUGGUCCUGCUGUCCCUCAACUGCGGGCAGCCCCCGGAGUGACAGCCCUGAGCCGGGCACGGCGGGCAGCUGCGUGCCCUCCCCGCAGCCCGGGGCUGCCAGGGCUCCCCGAGCCUCUGCCCGGCCCCCCUUGGCAGCCUCGGCGUGCCCAGGAGCGGCGGUGGCUCCCUGCUUGCACUGAUUAACUGCAGCUCGUUAAUUGCGGGGGAGAGCGAGCGGCUCCUUGAGCUGGGAUCUGCUGGAUGUUCCCGUGGGAUCUUUGGGAUGUUCCUGUGGGAUCUUCGGGAUGUUCCUGUGGGAUCUUUGGGAUGUUCCUGUGGGAUCUUCGGGAUGUUCCUGUGGGAUCUUUGGGAUGUUCCAUGGGGUCUCUGGGAUGUUCCUGUGGGAUCUCUGGGAUGUUCCUGUGGGGUCUUUGGGAUUUUCCUGUGGGAUCUUUGGGAUUUUCCUGUGGGAUCUUUGGGAUGUUCCUGGGAGAUCUUUGGGAUGUUCCCGUGGGAUCUUUGGGAUGUUCCUGUGGGAUCUUUGGGAUGUUCCAUGGGGUCUCUGGGAUGUUCCCGUGGGGUCUUUGGGAUGUUCCUGUGGGAUCUUUGGGAUGUUCCCGUGGGAUCUUUGGGAUGUUCCCGUGGGAUCUUUGGGAUGUUCCUGUAGGAUCUUUGGGAUGUUCCUGUGGGAUCUUUGGGAUUUUCCUGUGGGAUCUUUGGGAUGUUCCCGUGGGAUCUUUGGGAUGUUCCUGUAGGAUCUUUGGGAUGUUCCUGUGGGAUCUUUGGGAUUUUCCUGUGGGAUCUUUGGGAUGUUCCCGUGGGAUCUUUGGGAUUUUCCUGUGGGAUCUUUGGGAUGUUCCAUGGGAUCUCUGGGAUAUUCCUGUGGGAUCUUUGGGAUGUUCCAUGGGGUCUCUGGGAUGUUCCUGUGGGAUCUCUGGGAUGUUCCCAUGGGAUCUGGUGGCCGUGACUCCCUGCUGGAGGGUUUUCCUCUGUUUCUUUUCUCUUCUGAGCAGUCUUAAAUGUCCCAGCCCGCCCUCAGGGGUUGGGCAGCGCCCUGGAAUUCCCAGCGAGCCUCCCGGAUCCCUGUGGGAUCUCCCGAGGGCCCCGUGGGGUGCUGGGGAGCAGUGGAGGGGGCUGAGAGGCUGGGAGGGGCCGAGGGGGGGGGUCCCAGGACUGCACCCCCCAAAUUCAGCCUCGCUGAAGCCCCUUUGACCUCUCCCCCCCCCUGCAUUUCCCACUGGGGGGACUUCGGGGGUUUAACUUUGCCCCCCCCUGCCCGAGGAAUUCCUGCUGGCAAAGGGGGAUUUGCCCCACGCGUGGGUGGUUUGUUAAAGCCCAGAGGAUUUGGUGGCUCCGGAGGUUUUGGGGGUGGCUCUGGUGCCCCCCCCCCGAGGGGACACGGCCCGAGGGGACUCCUGCACAGUUUCCCUUUCCAAGCGUUUUUGGGGUAUGAAGGGGUGGGGGCCACCCCCUUCCUGCUGGUUUUUUGUGGAUUUCAGAGCCCCCCCCCCCGGAGGAUUUCACCGCUGGGGGUGUUUAACCCCUUUUCAGCCACGACUCACAUCUAAUUUAACCGUUUGUUUUCUUUUUCCACCUAAAUGUUCCCCUUAAAUACAGCAUUAUUCAGGAAAAAGGAGCCCAUUAUUAACGUGCCCAUUAUUCCUGGGCACGGCUGGGGGGAAAAAAAAAGAAUUGUAACGUUGAAGAGAAGCUUUGUAUUCACAAAAUUUGUGAAAAUAAAAACAAAAAAAUCCA